GAGAAGUCCUCAGCAGCUAACGGCUAACAGGCUAAAGCUAACCUUCAGCUCUCCGCAGCCCGCACACACACACUGACACGCGCAUUGACGCGCACCCUGGGCUCGGCGGGAGCUCGUUUUCGUGCACACUGCGCGUGUUCGGGGAUGUUUUCGAAGUUGUUUAUCUGAAGGGGGGUGUGCACGAGAGAGAGAGAGCGAGAGAGCUACUUCCUGCAUGUUAGCCGGACGUGGCUAGCAGAAGAAGCUAACUGUUUACCAGUGUGGUUCGGUUAGUUUGAAUUAUUCAUGACCGCGGCCUCUGAUUGGAGGAUAAAGCGAAGGGGGCGGGGCUAGAAAGGGAAUCUCACACACACACGCGCUUUCCUGUUAGUGUGUGUGUGUGUGAGGACACCAACGGAGGAGGAAGAGGAGGUUGAAGAGUGUUUGAGCUUCACUCUGUGAGUAUUUAUCAUUUAUUAUCAGAGUUAGUUCAACUACAAACACUGAAGUUUUAGUUUUUUUCAGAGAAAUUCAAAGUUUAAGGACCUCCAGCAGAGACAGAGACCCGUUUUUAACCCGCGGCUCCUGUUCGUGUUUCAGUUUGUCUCAGUCGCUUUGAUUCGUGUCUCAGAUCAGAAUCAAAGUUCUCAUAACUGUUAGUUUAACCUCCACAACAUGGAGUCAUCUGUGCGCAUCAUCAUUAGGGUUGGGUGUCGUUUGACUUCGGAACGAUUCCGAUUCGAUUCGAUUCUGUAUUCCGAUUCUUUUCAAAGGAAGGAUAUAAAAAAAAAAUACAGGGUUUAAAUGAGGGUGCUAACCGUUGUUCUUGUUUUUUAAUGAAUUUCUGAAAUAUUUUAACUUUCUAAGAACUUUACUCUGAAUUUCUCACAUUUUAAACCAGUUUAUAAACAUCAGUUUUUUGUUGUCAGGUGGUUUGUCUGUGAAAAAGUACACAGGCUAAUGUUAGUUGGAUAUUUAAGUUUACCCACCGUUACCAAAGACCGGUGUUGUGUUGUAGAAUACAUCCCCUCUCACUCAUGAGACAAUGAUCUCAUAUUUAAUAAAAACACCAGUAUUAGAUCAUGACAACAUGUCAGAUGGAGCAGUAAACUUUCCUUUUGUUUUUAUGUGUCUCAAAAAUGCACACAUAGAGGAAACCUUGGGUAUAUAAACUGUACAGUUAGCUGUUAAUGUAGAGAACUUUAUAUUUUCAGGACAGUAAUUAUUCAGAAUCAGAGGGCUGUUGUUUUCAUCUUAUCUGAAUAGUCUGAAUCUGACCAACAGUGAGGAAAACUUGGAUUAUUUUACCUGAAAUACUUAAAACCGCGCUCCUGUCAGGGGUGCAUUUUAUGACACAACACUGGCAAAGAACGUCAAAGACGAGCUCUCAGGUGUUUCUCCUCCAUGAAUCCUGAGGAGUUUCAUCCUGUCGGUCGUUUAUCCUCCUUUACAGGAUAUAACUGAGUUUAUAAUGUCGCUCUGAGAGAAGAGUUCAUUCUUCCUGAGAAACUUUGACAAACUUUUGACCGCCGCAACCGCUCUGGGUUGCAAUGAGCUCUCGCUCUCUGUCUCUGUGGCUUCGUCUCGUACUCUUCUUCUUUGUUGGUGUUUAGCAGCUGCUUCUUCGUUGGUGUUUAGCAACUAUUUCUUCCGGUCGGCGGACUCCGGUUUUGAAAUUUGGAAGUUUUUAAAUUUGAACGGUUCCGGGAGAAUCGGAAUGUCAGUCCGGAUCCCCAUCGAUUCUGGAGACUCGAUGCCCAACUCUAGUCCUCAUUAUUUACAAAAGUAGUUCUUUAAAUCUGUCAAACUGAUUUCAUAAAGUCCUUCAUCAUUUAAUUUCUGAAAAUGUCUCUUAUAUUGAACCUCAGCUGGAACUCAUGAGGAGGUGUGUGAAGCAGUAGUUGUAACCAAUGACAGGCCGCUUAUCCACAGUCAGUUAGAGCUGAAUCCCAUCAACUCUUACCGGGCAAGCGUGUAUGAAUCAGCAACAUUCAUCUCUGCUGUUCCGGUGUGUUUGACCCUAAAUUUACACCAGAAUAUCCCUUUAAACUGUGAAGCAGUAAUGGUGAUAUUUCAGUGUCAGUAACAGGUCACGGUGAUUCCUCAGUGAUCGUAUCAGAAGAUUCACUCUCCAGGACUUGAAGGUCUUUUCAGGUCCUGUUUGGUUCUGAAAAGUUCUGAUUGAGUCUCUUUAAUUCUCUGGAUUUAAAUAUGAAGAUGAUUGUGAAUAUAUCAGUAAAUAUUUAUGUGGACUAACUUUGAACCACUGUGUUUGUCUUUAAUGUUUGAGAGUGUUCACCUCUGUACUCACUCCACACCUGAGACCUCCUCAGUGAGAAAGCUCUUCAUCUGAUUGGUCAAUCCGUUAAUUAUUCGGUUAAUUUAACAUCCUCUUUCAUGUUUCUCUGCUCUUUGAUUGGCUCAUCCCCUCACUGUAGCCCCUCCCCUCUCUGUAGUUCACUCUGAUUGGCUGAGGAGUCGCUGGUUGAUGAUGAUCAGGAUGUCGUUGGACAAUGAGACCGUCCUCCCUCACGAGGUUGGACCCACCUUCCCGGUCACGAGCAGCCUAUCAGAGCAGCCGCAGCUGGCUAAGACCCGCCCCCUUCUCCCCAAAAAUGGCCUUCACCCUCCUGAUGACGCUCAGCCCCCUGUCACCGCCUCCUCCGCUCCGCCUACUCAGCGACUCGCAAAGAGACGAUACUCGAUGGGCGUCGGCUUAAAGGGGCUGGCCAAACGCCGUCGUCGUGCCAACAGUGACAGCCAAUCGGAGCCUGUGCUGCCCACCCACUUCCUGCUGGGUGGAAACAUUUUCGACCCGCUCAACCUGAACUCGCUGUUGGACGAAGACGUGAACAGGUGAGACGUCAGACUCGUUAUUGACGAAGCGAUCGAUCGCUGAGAUCCUUAAAUAACCUCCUAAACUCCGCCUCUCCUCCCCAGAGAGACCAAUCAGGAAACACCAAAGUGCUCGCCCCUGCCUCUGCGCGGCGGAGACCCCGUGGAGAUCCUCGUACCCAGAGACAUCACCGACCCCCUAAAUCUGAAGGGAGACAAGGACGGGAAGGAGGGCGGGGGACUCCUGCUGUCCCCCCUGAAGGCGAGGAAGAGACACAGGAACAGACACCAUGGAGGGGGAGGGGAGAGGGAGGUCGUACCUGCGCGGCUGUUCCCCUCCACGGCUGGACUGACAGGUGAGACGGGAACACCUGCGCUGUUUCUGACUCCUCCUCCUGUCCUCACAGGUCGUACUUUAGUCUCGCUCUGCAGGCGGCGAACAAAUGUCAAGUUUGUCAGAAAUACCCGGAUGGCGUGCUGAUUCAGGAAAAUUUCACAGUGGGCAUCAGACCGGUCUGCUUAGCCUACUGUUACCCACGAUGCAAAGCUCCCGGGCAGACGGAGCGUUCAUUUUCUAAACGAUCCGUCCUCCUCUGACCUGAACUUUUGUUUUCGUACCGACAGUUUUUAUCUCCAUUUCCAUCAAAGCCUCAAAUUUUCCACCUUCUCCUCGUCCUUUAUUCUCGUACGCCUGACGUCGACCACACGCAGCGCACGCCAUCAGCCAUGUUUGUUUGUCGUUACCUUUUCCUGAGAAACAGAAAAGAACCAGAAAAUUUAAAGAAAAAAUUAAAUGAGUUUAAUUUUGAUUCUGAGCAGAGCGACAAACCUGCCGCACCGUCGUUCACGUUAUUUAUGUUUUCACAUAUUUACUUUAUUUUCCUGGAUUUAUGAACAUGUGUUUUCAUAAUAAAACUAAAUAUUAUGUUCAAAAUGAAAAUUUAAAAAUUAAAGAAGAAAAAAUUAAAUGAAAUAUGUAAUUUUUUCUGUACUUUUAUUUCGUGUUAAUCAUUUGCGGCGGCGAAUUUGGCUGAGUGUUUUAUUUUGAAAAGAAGCCGGAUGUUUUAUUUUGAAGUCUGUUUCCGACUUCCUUUCCAGCACGGGUUAAUCUGUGCUGAAUUUAUCCGCCAUGCUCCGGCGUCCGACGGAAAGAAGUCGGUGUAAAUUGACACGUUAACUUGAAUGUUUACGAUCAGCUACGAUCGGAGGAUACGACCUUUUAGGAGACGAUCAGGAUGAAGGUGGAGGUCGGGGGUCAGCUGUUUUAAACGCCGUAAAUCUGCGAGUUCACUCCGAUGUCGGCGUCGUGUUUCUAAAGGUCGAUAAACAGACGUGUGUUGUUCAUGUUUAUCUGCAGUUCCACUCUUGGCCAAAGAGGGCAGUGUUCCGCCCUCUCCCCUCCCCUGUGAGCUCAAUACAGCCAUCACCUGUCGAGAUGAUGUAGCUCCGCCCCCAAUCCUCCCCAGAAGACACACCCAUCCUCUACCGGGCCAGGCUCAUAAAGCCGGUAACCAAGGUGACAGUCGCCAGCGCAGACGGCGCCGCACGACCUCGACACGGUCGGGAGACUGUGCGGCGAAUGCUGUUACCGUGGCAACCACAACUCGGCCAUCCAAAUUCCAGACACCGCUGGUGGGAGGGGCUAAAGGUGGAAGGUAAGUGUUUCACCUGGAGGAAGAAAGCACGCCGUGAUCUGAUUGGUUGCCUCGUCAUGUGACCUGUGUUCUGCCCCCCGCAGGUUUGGAGGACUACAGCCUGAGUCUGCUCAGCCACCACAGAAGAAGAAGGAUAAACAUCGCUACCAAUAUGGCAACCACAGCUGUUACUAUGGCUACCAUGGUUUCUACGGCGACAGGUGGGAGGGACGGGUCGGGGUCACGGAGGACCCAAGGCUCCGCCUCCUAGAAGCCAGUUGGUUCAGCAACAAGACGGUGCUCGACAUCGGAUGUGGCGCGGGUCACGUGACAUUGACGGUGGCCCGGAGGUUUGACCCCGCCCACAUCCUGGGGGUGGAGCUGGACAAGAGAUUGGUUCAUGCCGCCAAACAGAACAUCAGGCACUUCCUGUCACAUGACCUUGUGGUGGGGGAACGAGGGAGGAGGGGGGGAGCGUCGUCUGUACCUCCUCCUUCACAGAGGGAGGACACGGGAGGACAGAGGGGGGAGGAGUCGACAGGUAAAGGUGUGAAGAAGGAGGAGGCGAUGGAGGAGGUGAUGGAGGAGCUCCAGCGGACCCUCGCCCUCCUCCCCCUCCCCCUCUCCUUUAGGGUGAGUCGGGGUCCUCUCUCUGCUCCUCCCCUCCUCCUCCCUCCUUCCUCCUCCUCCUUCUCCAGGUUCCCGAACAACGUCACCUUCAUCCAGGUGAGUCUCUUCUUAAGCUCCUCCUACAUCAUCACUGUGACAUCACCGCCCCUCUGACUCAGCUGCUUCGGCUCCUCCCACAGGGCGACUACGUGUCGGAGCAGGAGGCGUGGCCUGGGCGGGGUCAGUAUGACGUCAUCAUGUGUCUGGGCGUGACCAAGUGGGUGCAGCUUCAGUCGGGGGACGUGGGCGUGGUCAGACUGUUCAGAAGAGCCUAUCAGAGCCUGUCGCCGGGCGGAUUAUUCAUCCUGGAGCCCCAACCGUGGAGCAGCUACACCCGCAGCAAGAGAGCGUCGGUACGAGAACAGAGGUUACCGAGUUCAAGGAGAGUUAACCUGAUUUAGGCUUUUAACUGGUUUUAGUCGACGGCGUCACAUCAGUCCAGGUUUAUCCUCCCUCACUGACUUCCUGUCGGUUUGAGAAUUGAUUUUCAGAUUUUAUUGAUCACUUUUCAAGCUCUCAAAGGUUAAACUCUCAGAUCCUCUGGUGUUAAAAACGCACUUUUUCAGACUUGAUUUUAUGUGAUGAAGACUUUUCUCUCUUUUUUAAAAAAAUCUCUUUUCUAUUUGAUCUCUUUUAUCUUUCCGCUUUCCUGUGUUACUUCUCUUAUCUUUAAUCUUUUUUCUUUUAUUUUUUCUUUCUAUUCUGUUUUUUUCUCUUUUAUAUCUUUUCUCUUUUUUCGCUUACAUAUUUUUUCUUUUCUAUUCUUUUCUCUUUUUUCUCCCCUCUUUUAUCUCUUUAAUCUUUUCUUUUUUUUUCUUUUCUCUUUUAUCUCUUAUCUUUUCUCUUUCGUCUUUUCUUUUAUCUAUUUUAGUUUGUCUCUUGUAAUUUUGUGUCUUCUCUCAUUUUUCUUUUUAUAACUUUUCCCUCUAUCUUAUUUCGGUUUUACUGUUAUUUUAGUUUUUCUUUCACUUGUACUCUUUUCUUAAUUAACCUUUUUCAUCAUUACUAUUAUUAUUAUCAGUAUUACCUGUUAUUAUUAGUUUAUUAUCAUUGUUGAUUUUGUCUUUUAUAUUUACUUUCCUUUUAAUUACAUUUUUUUUUCUUACCUGUUUUAUGUUUUUAUUUGUUCCUCAUGGUCUCAUUUUAUGUUGCAUGGUUCUUGUUUUGUCGGGGUUUGAAUUUAGAACUUUUUAACUCUGACUUUAAAACUUUUUAACUCUGACUUUAAAACUUUUUAACUCUGAAUUUAAAAACUUUUUAACUCUGACUUUAAAACUUUUUAACUCUGACUUUAAAACUUUUUAACUCUGACUUUAAAAACUUUUUAACUCUGAGUUUCUGUUUGUCGUCUGAAGGAGCGGACCUUCUGUCACUUCAGGACUCUGAGGCUCAGACCUGAACAGUUCACCUGUUACCUGACCGACACAGUGGGCUUCUCCUCCUACAGGCUGCUGACACACACAGGUACACACACACACACACACAGUUACACACACAGGUACACACACACACACACACACACAGGUACACACACACACAGUUACACACACACACACACACACACACACACACACACACACACAGAAAACACACACACAGUGUGGUGCUCAGGUGUGUUUGUGUUUCCAGGUAACCAGCGGCCGAUCUACCUGUUCCAUAAAGGCCCCGCCCAGAGGAAGUGACCCUAUCAGGAGAGGAUGUGAUGCAACUAAACAUGGUGGGCGGAGCUUCUUAAACGCUGACUCUGAUUGGACAGCAGGGUUACUGUGAUUGGCUGACACAGACCUGCACAGUCAAAGCAAAGGAUUGUGGGGGAUGGAUUUGUAUUCGAUCUCUUUUUUCUGGACUCUAGUUGGAGCAUGGACGCUAACAGGAAGUGACAAAUCUGCAGACGGUCAUUUCAAAAUAAAAGUUUUUGUUAACAAGAACUGAUUGUUACCCAUCAGCUGAUCGUACAGUAACAACAAAAGUUUAAUACCACGUCUAUUUUCACAUGUUCUCUUAAAAAAAAGUCUGAAAACUCCAAAUAAAACCGACUAAACAGAC